UUGAGCCUUUGCUAGGUGAGGUGCUCUGGGGCGGACCGAGCGGCUCCACUCAUGACCAAACAGAACCAUUUUCUGGUGAUAAAUGGCAAGAACUGCUGUGUGUUCCGAGAUGAAAACAUUGCCAAAGUCUUGCCGCCGGUGUUGGGGCUGGAGUUUGUGUUCGGGCUCCUGGGCAAUGGCCUUGCCCUGUGGAUUUUCUGUUUCCAUCUCAAGUCCUGGAAAUCCAGCCGGAUUUUCCUGUUCAACUUGGCCGUGGCUGACUUUCUCCUGAUCAUCUGCUUGCCCUUCCUGAUGGACAACUAUGUCAAGAGGUGGGACUGGAGGUUUGGAGACAUCCCCUGCCGGCUGAUGCUUUUCAUGUUGGCCAUGAACCGACAAGGCAGCAUCAUCUUCCUCACGGUGGUGGCUGUGGACCGGUACUUCCGGGUGGUCCAUCCCCACCAUUCCCUGAACAAGCUCUCCAACCGGACGGCGACCAUCAUCUCUUGCUUCUUGUGGGCUAUCACCAUUGGCCUGACAGUGCAUCUCCUCUACACGAACAUGAUGACCCCCAAUGGUGAUGCAAAGCUAUGUAGCAGCUUUAGCAUCUGUUACACCUUCAGGUGGCAUGAUGCCAUGUUCCUCCUGGAAUUCUUCUUGCCCCUAGGCAUCAUCCUGUUCUGCUCAGCCAGGAUCAUCUGGAGCCUACGGCAGAGACAGAUGGACAGGCAUGCCAAGAUCAAGAGGGCUAUCAACUUCAUCCUGGUGGUGGCUAUUGUCUUCAUCAUCUGCUUCCUGCCCAGCGUGGCUGUGAGGAUCCGCAUCUUCUGGCUUCUCUACAAAAACAAUGUGCGGGACUGUGAUAUCUACUCUUCAGCAGACCUGGCCUUCUUCACCACUCUCAGCUUUACCUACAUGAACAGCAUGCUGGACCCGGUGGUCUACUAUUUCUCCAGUCCAUCUUUCCCCAACUUCUUCUCUACGUGUAUCAACCGCUGCCUUCGGAAGAAAUCACUGGGUGAAACAGAGAAUAACCGGAGUACAAGCGUGGAGCUCACGGGGGACCACAGCACAGUCCGAAGUGUCCCAGAGGCGUUAAUGACUGACCCCAAUGAGCCAUGCAGCCCCUCCUAUAUGGCCACAACAUCUCGUUAAGCCACUACGACAAAAAAAGGAGGUUGCCACUCAGGCCUGAGCUCUCUGGAGAGACAGUGUGGCCGUUGAACAGAGUAACAUCAUGAGACUUGGCUCGUUCUUUAUUGGAGCUUCUAGAAAUGCCCAUGGUGGAGUGAGCAGCUUGGUUGCCAGGUGCUGCCAUAGAAAUCUCCGAGGAUCAGAAAGUUAAGUUUCCAGAUGGCGGAAACUAUUAGUCUCCCAAGCCUGCAUGGCUGAAGAGGAGAGAGAGUCCUGUGGAGUCUGAGCCCCAGACACACCCAUCCGUACCUAUGGCUUCUUGGCUUCCUUCCUGUCUGUGCAAAGUCUCGGAUGGUCCUUCAGUCCCUAGGGUCCUACCUAGCCUGUCUGUGGGCCCCAGUGGGGACAAAGAGAGCCACGAAGCUGGAGAGGACCUCUACCCAGGUGUCACUGAACAAGCCAGUAGGUCACCUGGGUUCUGUGGAACCAGGUCGCCUUUCAGCCAGACUUUAGCAGAAAUGGAGGAGGGGAUGGAGACUCAAAAGCUUUGAUUGUUCUCGGAGUCUCCAGUGGUGGUAAGGAGGAGUUAGGAUAGCCCCAGGAGGGACCGAACUAACAGUGUUGGAGGGAAUUGAACAAUCAGCAAGAAAUUCAGCCAGGCAGUUAAAAGGCUUCGGGGAAGACAGCUACCUCCCUUCUCUGUUUUCUUUUUCAAAGGGAUUUAAAAGUGUCCAUGGUUAAAAGGGAGUGGGUGGAAUUCCUCCUGGGUUCAUUUGCUUGUGUGUCUGUAUUUACA